AUGGCCGAACAAGCCGAACAAGCCGAGCGGGCGGCGGCCGCGAAGAAGCGGCGCCGCCCGCCACUGUCCUGCGAGCAGUGCCGUCGGCGCAAGAUCAAGUGCGACCGCGCCUUUCCGUGCAACCAUUGCAGCAAGUCCAGCGACGGCGGCGGCGCCUGCACGUACGCCCCUGCGCACACCCCCAGGUCCAGAAGAAAGCCGCCGUCUGCCAAGGCGCCGACGUCGCCGCCCCGGAGCAGGGCCGUGUCGCUGCGACCAGCAGCAGGCGCAACGACAGCUCACUUGAGCAUUCGGCCAACCGCGAGGGCCACCCAGAUUCACACCCCCGACUCGGAGGAGUUUCAUCGCGCGAGUGUGUGGCAGCCGCUACGGCCAUCCUCGGCUAGCCGCUCGGGAUCCAAUGCCAGACCAUCUGCAGCGUCCCACGGACGGGACGAGGGGACAGAAACGCGCCAAACGCAACGAGCUGCGGGCAGCACGACUUUUGACCCUGGCCUCGAGGCUCAUCAGCCCGGGAACAUGCCCCGGGAGCGCCAUCACAGUGAAUACACGCCUCCGCCAAAGGGCAGCAUCUCCAAGGGUCGGUAUUUUGGCCAGAGCCACUGGAUGAAUAUUGCAGCAUCGUUCCCUGUUGAGCUGUCUAUGCUCAAAAACCAAGAACACACCCAAGGCGAGCUUUUUCAGGUCCUGCAUCAGUGUAAAAUCAUCUGCCAAAAUAUCAAGACCAGCCGACUCCAGCAGCCAUUAUCUUCGCUCAACAUUGGCAAGAACAUGUUGCCACGAGAACUCUGCGACGACCUUGUCAAUGCCUACAUUAGCACAUAUGAAGGGGUGCUACGCAUUCUGCAUAUACCCACAUUCAGGAAAGAGUAUGCCGCCUACUGGGAGAAUCCGUCGGGGGCCAACGAGGCCUUUGUCGUUCUCAUGCAGCUUUGCAUAGUGCUUGGUUCCUCUGUGCGAGACAGAACAGCGGCUUUGAAAGCGACGACAACGCGAUGGAUAUACGAAGCGCACAUUUGGCUCAUCUUGCCGCCUGAAAAAGGGCGCAUGACGCUCCCGGGUAUACAAAUCAUGUGUCUGCUAACGCUGGCAAAAAUGACGUGCGGCGUUUCGGCUGAUUUAACCUGGGUCAUGGCCGGCUCGCUGUUGCGGACAGCCAUGUACAUGGGCCUUCAUCGCGAUCCAAGCCACCUCAGCGAGAUGACGACACACAAGGCCGAGAUGCGGCGGCGUCUCUGGGCUACAGUUCUGGAGCUGAAUCUGCAGUACUCCUUCGAGGCUGGUGGAAUGCCCUUGAUUUCUUGUGAUGACUAUGACACCCUGCCGCCUGCCGACCUCGACGACGAUCGACUGGACGAUAGUCUUGAUGAUGUCAGUAGGCGCCAAAUCUGCAGCAGCGUCGCAACACAAAUGUCGGUGCAGCUGGAGGUCUUCAAGUCGUUCCCCGUUCGCUUGGGGCUUCUCCAAUACAUUAACGAUUUUCGUGCAAAUAUCGACUACGACAGGACGCUCCGACUCAACUCCGAGCUUACAAAAGCCUGUCGCUCCUUCACACAGACUAUUAGCGCGCUUACUGGACACCAUAAUGGUGCCCUGGCAUUGGUAGACUCGGGAACAACCGCACCCAUCACUCGUUUCCACAUUUCACUUGCCGAGGUGACUCUAUACCGCUGCUUCCAUGCAUUACACUUUCCAGUCUUGUUUACUGCUUUUGACGACCCGCGAUUCUACUUUUCCCGGAAAAUGUGCCUUGACGGGGCUCUCAAGGUUGCCGAUCUAUGGGGGUUCUCACAGCAGUCUGGCGCGCACAACGAUCGCAGUCGGCCGCGGUCCGCUUUCGAACGGCUCACCAUCAACGGCACCGGUAUGUUCAAGAACAUCCCCGUCCAGGCCGCGUGCAUCAUUGCGCUGGAGCUCAUCCACGACAAGAGCGGCCGCUCCACCAGCGGCCUCGGCUACCUGCCAGCAGCGGGCAACAACUCGGAUCUGCGCGCCUGCCUGAACAAUGCGCUGCGCUGGACCCUGGACAGGAUGCGGGCGGGCGAGGUCACGGCCAAGGGCCACUGCUUCCUGUCGGCGUGCAUCGCGCACACCGAGGCUCUGGAUCAGAGCAUGGACAAGACCGCCACCAUGGCGUUGCUGGUCGAGCGCGCCACCGACGCCGCCAAGGUAGACCUGGCGCUGCUCAAGGACGUGGCGCGAGAGAGCGGCGUGCACGUCGCGGAGACGGCAACAACGGCAACGCGAGCAGAUGUGUCUGCGAUUGACAACGAUGCGAUUGAGGCACUGGCUGCGGGCUGGGAUGGCGGUUGGGCGUGGGACGAGAGCGACGACUGGAUGUGGAGUGGUGCUUGGUCACAGCGAAACGUGACGAUGGCCAUGGACAAUGUCAAUCAAUUCUUCGAAACGCCGGUCGGCUACCCGCGGUAG